GGGAAGAUGGCGGACAUUCAGACAGAGCGUGCUUACCAAAAGCAGCCUACAAUCUUUCAAAACAAGAAGCGUGUUUUGCUGGGAGAAACCGGCAAGGAAAAACCUCGGUACUACAAAAACAUCGGUCUAGGCUUCAAGACGCCCAAAGAGGCCAUCGAAGGCACCUACAUAGACAAGAAAUGCCCCUUCACUGGAAAUGUCUCCAUCCGAGGUCGGAUCCUGUCUGGUGUGGUGACAAAGAUGAAGAUGCAAAGGACCAUUGUCAUCCGCUGGGACUAUCUCCAUUACAUCCGGAAAUACAAUCGAUUUGAGAAGUGUCACAAGAACAUGUCUGUACACCUGUCCCCCUGUUUCAGGGAUGUACAGAUUGGAGACAUUGUUACUGUUGGAGAGUGCAGGCCCCUGAGCAAGACUGUUCGAUUCAAUGUGCUCAAGGUCACCAAGGCUGCUGGCACCAAGAAGCAGUUUCAGAAGUUCUAAGGGGACUCUGGCCAGUGCCCUAGAACAAAUAAAGUUAUUUU